AUGACCGAAAAGACCAUAGAUACCUUUGGACGUCACGACACGGAAAGCAGUACGGAUACCGAAUCGUAUAAGUUACAGGUGCGCGAGGGUGGGCGUGCGGCAUGGCUCACGGUUUUGGGCUCCAUACUGGUGUACUACGCCUCCUUUGGGGUUAUGAACAGCUUUGGUUUCUUCCAGAACUAUUAUAGCAGCGACUUCCUGAAAGAGACGCCGCCAUCGACUAUCGCAUUCAUUGGGACGGUUCAGAUGGCGCUCAUGAACUUACUGGCUGCUCUUUCCGGUGCUCUUUGCGAUCGAUAUGGUGUUACGAACCUCUACCUUGGCUCAGGCGCUGGCACUGUGCUGGCCCUCAUCAUACUGUCGUUCAUACACCCUGGACAGUUUUGGUUGGUUCUGAUGACGCAAGGCUUGCUGAUGGGCUUUACCAUUGCUUUCGGUGUACAGCCAGCGGUCACGGUAGUUGGCCAGCACUUCAAAGAGCGACGUGCCUUGGCUAUGGGGUUAGUAUCUACAGGGUCGGCACUGGGUGGAAUUGGCUUCCCGCUGAUGUUCGAUCAACUACUGCCGAGAUUAGGCUUCCCAAACUCGCUACGUCUGGCUGCUGUCAAGAUAGCCAAGCCCAGUGGCAAACCGGAUCGCAAAGGGCUCGGCUCGCUUAUCGACUUCAAAGGAUUCCUCGACACACGCUAUGCCGUACUAUGUAUGGGAACGUGGCUUGCCAUACUAGGCCUUUGGAUCCCGGCGUAUUAUCUUAAGCCAUAUGCUAACUCGGUCUACCCUGGUAACAAAGUCAGCGACUACUUCUUGUGCAUGCUGAACGGCUCCAGCAUCAUCGGCGCAACUUUUGGAGGCUUCAUAGGAGACCGACUUGGCAGGCUGAACCUACUCUGGCCCAUUACCCUCAUCUCUGGCUGCCUUUGUCUCUUCCUAUGGCUACUUGGCAACUCCAUGGCUACUCUUAUUUUCUUCGUCUGCGUAUACGGCUUCUUGACUAGCAAUGUCACUGCUCUUCCGCCCUCGAUAAUCGGCCACAUCACACCUGACGACAAGUUGGGAGCACGCAUUGGAGCUUUCUACAGCGUUAUCGCCAUUGCGAGUCUUGUUGGUACGCCGAUUGGCGGUGCACUCAUCACGGAUCAUGACACAAAGGAUGGGUAUCGAUGGUUGAUCGUAUUUUCGGGUGCCGCGCUCCUCAGCGGAUCAGCUUUCAUGUUUUUCAGCCGGCUGUUACAUGAUAAGGCUCUGAACACGAAGUGGUAG